CAAUAACCAUGUUUCCUCGGCUGUGGUGUUGGUGUGUGGGAUUAGGAGUGGAAGUUUUACAUCGAAAACAUGAUUUAUAAGCUUAAUUUGAAGUAACAAACGCUCCAUUUACCAUGUUAAAAUGUUUGUAAAACUCGGCGUGUCAAGCAAUGUCAAAGAAACUGGACAAGCAUGAGGUGGUCAGUCGUCACAAAGGGAGUAGGCUGGCAAGAAGGGCUCGCUCAUUUAAGGAAGACAUACUGGGGAAGAUCAAUCAAAUGCGGACUCCUGGGCGAGCCGCUUCCCCACACAAGACCAAGUCCAAGGAGUCUUCCCUGGAUGUGGACAGUCAAGGGGAAGCUGAGAGUCCCACUAAGGGCGACAAGCAAGUUGUCCGUGACAUGCGGCAGAUUUCCAAUGCAUUACGGUACUUCCAAGAUUCGGUGGAAAAGGAUACCCUUGGAAUGCUCCCAGGAUCUGCAAGCAUUGUCCUAGAAUAUGUUCUCCACCUGAUAUCACUCUUGAAAAAGGACUUCAUCAAUGACCAGAGCUCAGUGCUGAUGUCUACCACCACCAAGCUGUAUCAGAGCUUGGCCUGUUUCAUUAAGUGGGCAGAUGAUGUGAUGUUGUACAGAGAGCAAGCUACAGUCGAAGGCGUCAACCACAUUGUGCAAGACCUUCAGAACUCCAUACAGGAACUGGUGGAUAUUGGUCGUAAAAACAUUCAGAACAAAGAUCUGAGAGGGAAGAGCACAACACCGGUUUCCACAGCUAAUGGAAUAUAUAGCACCAAGAACGAUAGUCACAGGAACUCCCUGCCAGAUAUCCCCUUAACCCCACGCGAACGUCAGAUACUGGAGACUACGCGAAUAGCGCCUGAAAGUGGCAAUGGACCAUCUUCUGUUGGCCCUCUUUACCACUCUGCCUCGUCGGACAGCAUCCUGAGUUCCAGUACGCGUACUGAAUAUCCGCCUCCCAAGCCACCUUUACCCCUCUCAUGUCACAGCUCGAACUCAAACAAAGAUUGCCAAGCACCGCCAUUGCCACCAAAAAAGAAAAGUUCAGGGUUGAGCUCCACAUCGAACCUUCUGGACCCCACUUCCGUGGUUACUGCCAGUCUCUUUGACGACUGGCACCAAGGACCUCUGAGUGGGGCCAGCAGCUUAGAUUCGUGUCUGCACCACUCAGCGGAUGACCUACUGAACAUAUCAUCGCCCAGCGUAAACUUCCUUCCUUCCUUGGGCACCAUACAGCAGGUCAACUACCAGACCUACUCUUACAACAUGUGCACCACAAGCGUGAGUAGUCGAAGUGACAGUGUUGACCAGCUGCUCAGCCAUUCCUCAUCUUCGAGCCACAUUUCUGCAAUGCAAAAGGCAAACACAAAAGUAGCUGCUUCAAGCCAGCAGUCUUUUGAGAUCUGUGGGACGAGAGCAGUAUUGCGGUCACCAGAUGGGAAGCCUGCCCUUCCUGCAAAACAACGAUCAGUGUGGAACCGAACACCAUCUCAGUACGACAACGUCUCGGAUGCAGAGGAUGUUGUGGACAGCGCAGUCAGGUCAUUGGGUUCUUGGGCCGUGAACGAAACAGCCAAACUGUCCGAUGACAAUCCGAAUCAUGCUCCAUUCUGCCCACAUCACAGUUGUGUUCUUCCCCAACCUACGAGUGCCUUGUCUCCUUUAGAGGACAGUCGCCCACCACCUCUGCCUCCCAAGAAGAAAACCAUCAUGGAGUACAUACAGACAUUUGGAACGUCACAUCCUGCCGAGCAAGACUUCUUCAGCAGGAGAGUGCAGUACUCCUACCAUGCACAGUAUAACCAUGUGUCCUUCAGCAGUCUGGGACCUGAUGACUUCAGUCUCCACAUGCCUGCUCUGACUUUGCCAGAUACACUUGAACUUGGUUCUCCGCCAGCAUUACCGCCAAAGAAGAACAAAAGUGCCGUAGUCUGUCCACAGGACAGUAAUGCCUGCACACGGCAGUCAUGUUCGUCAUACGAAUCUGGAAGUGGGCCUGAGUUGCCACCUGCACUCAGAGCAAGCGAAGACUCGUUGCUUGAUGAAAGUGGGGAAAGCCUGAUUGAUCUUCAGGACGUCACUGAGCAUCUGAUCUUCAAUGAGAAUGCAAAGUCACGUGAUGUCAGAGGACUCAAAGGAGGGCCAGUAGAUGCCUUGAUCGUUUACGCUGCAAUGGUGCGAGAGAAUGUCGAGAAGGAAUACUACUACCAGGAAGCAUUCCUUACGACAUACAGGGUAUUUGUGUCCUCCAAGGCCCUCAUCAACAAGCUGAUCUACCGGUACAACAAGUUCAUCCAAUUUUCUGAUUCGAGGCAGAAGUAUGCUCGCUGGGCAUUUUCUUUGCUCGUCAGUGUUGUUGAUGACUUGGGGUUGAGUGACACGGACGAAGCGAUGCUGAAGUGUCUGACGGAGUUCACGCAUCAGCUGUUGAGCCGUGGGGAUCUGAGCUUGGCAAGGGCUCUGCGGGCCAAAGUGGUGGAGAAGUGUGAAGCGUGGCGACGCCGUAAGGAUGCCGGCCAGCCGCUCCUGCCGGACAUGCAUGUCACCACACAGCCGGCCACCCUCUUGGACUUCAAGUCGGAGCUUUUGGCAGAGCAGAUGACGUUGCUUGAUGCCGACCUCUUCCAGAAAAUUGAGAUAUCUGAAGUUCUGAUAUGGGCAAAGGAACAGAACGAAGAAUCAAGUCCAAACUUGACAAAGUUUACGGAGCAUUUCAACAAAAUGUCAUACUGGGCAAGAUCAUGUAUCCUAAAGCAGAGUGAUGCAAAAGACAGAGAACGUGUUGUGAUAAAGUUCAUCAAGAUCAUGAAACACUUGCGCAAGAUCAACAACUUCAAUUCGUACCUAGCCAUCCUGUCGGCAUUAGACUCUGCUCCUGUACGACGCUUGGAAUGGCAGAGAAACAUAACUGAGGGCUUGAAAGAGUACUGUGCGCUCAUCGACAGCUCCUCUUCUUUCCGGGCGUACAGGCAAGCUCUGGCAGAAACAACGCCACCUUGCAUACCUUACAUAGGACUAAUCCUUCAGGACUUGACCUUUGUACACGUUGGCAACACUGACUACAUCAGUGAUGCUAUCGUGAACUUUACCAAGUGCUGGCAGCAGUUUCAUAUUUUAGAGCCCAUGCGGUGCUUCAAGAAAAAACCGUUCUGCUUCAAGCGCCACGAACAGGUCAUUGACUUCUUCAACAACUUUGAAGAUUUCUUGUCCGAGGAUGCUAUGUGGGAAAUCUCGGAAAACAUCAAGCCACGAGGGUCGCAGAAGAAGUGAGAUUGCAGUUCAGUUCUACGUGCAAGUUGUGUAUCAUACCUGGCACAUAGUGUGCCGUACUGUACGUUGCAUUCUCAUUCCUAGUGGCUCUAUAGCGUGGAAAGUUGUGUGGUUAGCAGGUACGUAUGUGCAGAAGGACUGCACAUGUUCAAAUGGCUACAUAUUUUUAAAAUAAGAGUCACAGCAAAGCACCAUGUGCUUAUGUGAUGGAAGGAAAUGCUGUCACUGGGUUGUCAUGGAAGCUCUGUCUUAAGAUAAUAGUGCUACAAAUUGUAGUGCUACAAUAAGCUUGGGCCUGUUGUUUCAGCCUCUGCAAUGGACGUUAUGAAUAGUGCUAAUAAUUCCUGAUUUUUUUUGUUUCAUUUUAUUUAAAGCAUUUAUAAUGAGUGAUAAUAGGAUACAUAUUAUAAGAGCUGUGUGAUCUGUUUUAGGCACCUGUUCUGACUUUGCCACUAUAAAUAGGGGCACAUUCAUAAUUCACAAGAUGGCAAAAUAUAGGAACCAGUUUAAAACACUGCAUCUGCUAUCAUGUUAACAUUGAAGUGAACUCAUAGUAUAUCACUCCCUUUGUCAAGUUCCUGCAAACAGUGCUUGCAAGACGAGACUUUGGUAAUAUUCUGACCAAUUGCAAUUUUAUGAACAAAAUAGUAUACACAAAGAAAUAUGUGCUUGAGUCAGCAGAGUGACUGUGUCACAUUUCAGGGUCACUGCAUUGGAGAGGUGGUUAUGGGUACAGAUUUUUAUUUUUCAGUGCUUGCGUGCAUUGGUGGUCAUAACGAGUAAGGGCUUGGUAGAACCGCCAGAAUUCAAGCACAAGGCAUCGGUGCAUACCCUUGCACUGAUGUGUGCAAUUUUAGUAGUAGUUUACAUAUAUUCUCUGUCUGUAUUAACAGUGUGAUGUAGAGCUGUUUUGUUAACUUAUUGGUGUUUUGUAGAUAUUGACUCGCAGUGCUGCGUCCUGCUCUUCUAUUGUUCAAACAUAUACCUGCAUCUACAGGGCGUGGCCAGAAAAAUAGGUGCUGCAAAACAUGCCACAAACCAGUAUAAGGUGAAAUGCUGCAGCUUCUAAUCCGGUGUGUGGAUAUGAGUAUCUGUAUAUGAUGUAUAACAAGCUUUAUAAGCAUAAUAGUUGUGCUCCGUACCCUGAAUUUGCACAAAUGACGUACUGGUACUUAAACAGGAACUGCUUAUGUGGAAGCUGAAGAGUAACGCUUCAAAAUCACGUUACUGGCAUACAGCAUUUUAAUGAGUUGGGUAAAUUAGCAGCAUAUGUGUACAAAAUUAAUAAUGGAUAUGAGGUAGUUUAUACACUGCCUAAGGCCCUUUAUCUUGCAGCACAGCCUGUAUAUCAAAGUACUAGGUAUUUAUUACUAGCAGCUUAGUUUUGGAGACAUACAUCUGCCCUUUUCUUUUUCAUUAUUUUUUAUGGCGUGUGUAUCUGAGCUCAAGAGUGGUGAAUGGGCUUUCAGGUGUGUUGUGCUGAGUAGGGUGACUAGUGCAAGGGAGCAAGACAUUUUAUUGGUAGGAAUGUUUUAUGUGGUUCUGCAGAUGCACUGUUAUCUUUCUUCAUUUUUGUUUCAUCAUCCACACAUGAUAGUCAACAUUUCUCAUUGUUGUGUAACUAGGUAACAAAUUUUUUUUAUCUGCCCAAUGUAUUUUACUAGCUUUUAGGCAUUUUUAUAGUUUAGCUAUACAGAUGCUCUGGAAACUGUGGCAUAGCAAAUAAGCUUGCAUGUGCAGGCUGUCAUAUUCAGUGACAAAACUUUUGGCUUGGCAGUGGGUUUUGUUUGACCAUUAUUUUAUUGUCUCUCGUCCAAAAGCAAAAAUCACGUGAAACACAACAGCAAACUGAAAUUACAAUGCUCAUGCGAAGUUUAUUUACCAUUAAGUGUUUCCAACUUCAUGAAGCUGGGCGAUUGCAUUGCUGUGGCUUCUAACAAUUUUGUAAUAACAGGAAUAGGCUUGAAGGGCUUCUACGCUUUGAACACACGUGUGGUCACAAAUCUUCACUUUACAUGCCAUUGAAGAUCAAAGAACAAUUAGAAGCUAUUUCAAUAUUAUUUGCAGCAUAAAUCAUACAUUCUCCCCAGAGGCUGAUACAUCUUCAUUUGUUGUUUUGCAUAGUACUGAUCACUUCCUUAGCAGGACGUUUGGACGUACAUUUUUGAACCCAAUUAUUCUUGUGACCGGAAAUUAUUUAAAGCAGUUGUAUGUUUCGUAAUUCUCAACUUUCAGAGCCCAUCGUCCUUUUCCAUUUCUGCCAUUUUGUUAAUACAUAAUUGUUGUUCUCAUCAGCCCUCAUGUAGAAUGAGUAUGGAACUUUAUUCACAAAUGCAGACAGGCAUGUACCAUUCACUUAUCAUUCGGGGUGCUACAAGAACUGGACUCAUUGAAUUCUGGCAGUCUCCACAUAAAGCAUACCAUCACCUUUGUUGUCAUCAGCCCUCAUAGAAUGAGUAUGAAACAUGUUUUCUUCGCAAAUGUAGGCAGGCAUGUAUAUGCUCUUGUGAUCGGAAAGAGUACAGGAAUUAGACUUGUCCAAUUAUGGCAAUCUCAACAUGUCAUGGGUCAUGGCAAGUGCUUAUUUAGUUCUGAUGAUCUCAAAGCAGGUGCUUGCUUCAGCUGUUGGAUGUGAAACGAGGCACAACAAAUCAUAUAUUAGAUUGAGAAUCGGGUGUCAUGGUGCUUUCUGUGCCUAAGGCUGAUAGAUUACCUCUGGACUUCAGAUUAUAAACUGAGCUCAUUUUAUGAUAUCCUAAAUGUGAUACUAAAAAAUUGGGUACUUCGGUUCCUCUAGCAUUGGAAAAGACAUGAUGUUCUCAACUUUUUGUGCUUUGAUUAUAUACAAUAGUAGUGCUUUUGAUAAAGAUAGAGACAUAAGUAUGACAUGUUUAGAUGAAGGAAUAAGUGUAAUGAUGUAUUGUAUAAUACGUACGUGUUAAGACGUAUGUGUUAAAUUACGUACAUGUCUGUGUUCUCUUCGGUUCAUCGAGUUCAAACGAAACAGUGUGGUGCCUGAAAAUAGGAAAUAAUUUGCCUUUUAAGCCCAUCGCGUCCACAUGUUACUCUAGCGGAAGCAAAAUACAAGCCUUAUUUUCUGAGACAUUGAGAUGGGUAACGGCUAAGUGCUGGCUUGGCAGUGGUCACACACAGGUGCUUGAGGUCAUAAAGCUGAAUCUACCUCGAUGGUGUUUCAGCAGCCCAUUAUCAACACUAUCAACAUUAUCAAGCUGGGGGGCGUGCAUUGUAUUCAUUACUUUUCAUUUUCACACCACAUUUUGUUUUUGUGUGGACAGCAUCAAGCUGUAGCACCAUACAGCUCAGGGGAUCAUAACGAAAUACUAUAAUGGUGCUCAUCUGCCAUUAUGACGCGUCCUUCUGAAAGCGACUCUAAGCAUGCCCUGUGAUGUACACUACCCCUUUUUGUUUCGAGCUCACUUGUUCUGUAGCAUUAGCACAUAUUGGGGUUGCAUUUAUGUGUUAUAGUAUUUGUUGAGACAAUGUAGAGCAGCUGUAGCAGGUGCUAAGAUGUGUUCAGGUAACGUAAUCGCAAUAGAGACUACAGUUUUAUUAGCGGGUACACUUGUUCUAGGUUGACACACCAUAUCUAGAUUUACAUUGUAGCAUUUAUUAGUCGUAUAACAUUUCAUUGUGAAGGUUGAGUGGAUUUGAUGUGUGCAUUCUGACCAAGCAACAUGGGUUAUUAUAAUUACUUUGGAGAACAGAUUUGAAAGAGCGCUGGAGUGGUGUGAGACUUUUGCAACUGUGGUACAUGCAAGCUCGUGCUAAACCUGUGGUCGUGGAGAGUGUUCGUGGCAGCGCUAGAGCUCUAGGGAUGCUUCAUUGCAGAAAAUGUGUUUAGUUUCAUUGGUUCAAGCCAUUGCUCGGACUCCAAAUAAUUGUAAUUGUUUCAACUAUUUUAUGCAAAAAAAUUGCAUUGGCAGGGCAUUAAGUGUAAUGAAGACAUGACAUGUGACACAUUAAAUUAUCACUGUUUGGACUAGCACAUGCGGUACAUGUACAGAGUGGGCACAUGGUGUGCCACUGAUCAUGACAAAUUCAAGCACAGGAUGAGUUCUACAUAUCAAGCACUUGCACAUACAAAAAUACUCUUGCAGUCUUGUCUACUGCAGGCAUACUGCUCUCCCUAUCAUGGGCUAAUGUCGCACCUAUUUUGGCACAAAGCAUACACCAGAUAUUUGGGGUUUCCACGUGCAUAUUGAAAUUUCCCUGGAUUCUCCAUUGGCCUGCAGAUUUUCACAUUCACUGAUUCAAUUGCCAGUGUCACUCGGAAACCAGGAAUUCUCUUUCAUUUUUGAGACGCGUGUGGUGAGCUCAGUGGAGCAGGUACGUGGCAUUGAGAAUUUCUGAAAGCCAAGCAGGUUAUCAGGAGUAACAAAGCCCUACCUGAUCCAUAUUUUGUGUCGGCAGUUGCAUCGACCGCACCGAUCUUUGGAUGAUGCUGUCCGACGGGCAUUCUUCGGUGCUUGAUACAAUUUCUCUAGGAUAGUUUUCCUUGCGUGGAAAUGUGAGAUGGUCACCGUGCAUUCUGCCACGACAAAAAUCUAAGGCUGACUGCUCCUUGAAGAACACCAAUUGGUACAGUGAAACAGCGGGAGUGUCCACAGAUUCAAGCUGUUCUGUCUAUUUCUAGAGCCUGAAGUUUUCGGGUUUUAACCCGAUUCUUUCCCGAAUUGAAGGUUGCCUCUUUAGGGUGAAACCCAAUUUUUACCCGGCAAAUUGCCCUCACUGAGACGUCCGUAGGAAUGCACACUUACUUGUUUGGCAGCAAAUGCAGUUACAUCACUGUUUGUACCAAACCAGUACAGUUAGUUUGAGUAAUUGAGCCAGAUUUCUCCCUGAAUUUAGCAUACUGGAAGUUUUUCCACCCAAUUUAGAGCACAUGUUUAUUUACCCGAUUUUUACCCCCCCCCCCCCCCCCCCCCCCCGAAUUUAGAAAAAAAAUAUUUCCCGAAAACUUCAGGCUCUAUUUCCUGCUAAUAUCAAGUACUUGAAAUGUCAGUUGACACACAUGCAUAAAUUAGUGAGUGCUCAUCAAAAUUAAGUUCCAGUGGAAUCUGCUAUGACCCAACCUUGCAGAACCUACAAACCACUCACAGCACAGCUUUUAUUUUUUUUAGCCAUGUAAUGCCGACCAGUUAUUUGCUCUGUGUGGCCAAUAUUCCGGGAGUUGUCCGGCUGUCCGAUGUGUGCCGUAAGUCAUCAUUCACGUCUGCUUACAUGGAAUGUACAUUUUCAUUUAAUACUCAUAAGGUGUGAACAAAUAUUGAGUGCCGUGCCAUGCCUUCCCCAGGUUUUCGUUUCAGUGAACAUGUGUAAUGAAACAUUUUUUUUUUGAGAGCCAUAAAUUUCUAGUAUGUCUCGAUGUAUUAUAAGGGUGGUAUCAAAGUCCAGAGCACGAGUGCCAGUGUGUCACAAGAAGAGGCAAUGCUUCAAUGCAUUUUAAAGGAAGGGUUUCGGGUGACGAUAGCUGUAAUGUUACGUGGCACAAGAUUUAUGCGAGAUGUAUGAAGGAGUUGCCUAUUUGUGUACUCAUUGUCCUGCUUCCGUUCCAAUCCUGCCAGCUUCAGUUGUGUCUGUAUCUGCUUCGAGAGUUUCUCAAAUAAAUUUUUAUACUGUAAAUAACACGA